AUGCUCCGUACCAAGAAUGUUGAUGUCCCUACCACCUGCCCUGUGUGUCAAGAAAAUACUGAAACUAUUAUGCAUGCUCUUGUCACUUGCCCUUUUGCCAAUGCUUGCUUGAACAAGGUGUUGGCAGCGGCUAGCUUGGUAAGUGCUGCAACAUUCGGCUCUUGGCUUGGCACUAUCUUCUGUAGCCUCAAUGAAGAAAUCAUUAAUAAUGUUACUGUUCUUUGUUGGGCACUAUGGAAGUCACGAAACAAUAAAGUUUGGAACAACAAAUUAUCUUUUGUCUCUCAUGUUGUAACUUCAGCAUCUACUUGCUUUGAUCAAUGGAAAAAAGCUCAGUGUUCUUCUUCUUUAUCGUCACUUAACUUUGCUUCUUCUAGUGACGGUGUUGAGCAUUGGACCAAACCUAAAACCAAUACAAUCAAAGUUAAUGUCGACGCUGCAAUGUUUGAGGAGGAUGGUAUAUAUGGCUUUGGAAUCGUGGCUAGAGAUGAUACAGGCAGAUUAAUAAGGAGCAAGAGCUCUUGCUCAUCAGGUGCCCCGUUGGUGGAGAUUGCUGAAGCCAUAGGGGUGAAAGAAACCCUUAGUUGGAUAAAGAUCAAUGGUUGGCAAGAGGCAAUUCUUGAAACUGACAGUAUGGUUACUGUCCAAGCAAUUCGAAGUAGUACCUCCAUGUCUUCAGUCUUUGGACUUCUCAUACAAGACUGUCAAGCUUUGCUUUCCUCUUUGAUUAAUGUUAAGUUAUUUUUUGUUAAACGAUCAGCAAAUCGAGUAGCUCAUUGA